CGGCGGCGGCAGGGGGCUUGGCCGGGCCGAGCGGCGGGCUCGGGCCGCGCGCGGGGUAGAUGUGGCGGCCGGGGGGGGCGCUCGGCGCGGCCGGCACAGUAGAACCUCAGAGUUACGAACUGACCAGUCAACCGCACACCUCAUUUGGAAAUGGCUGCUGCCAGAUUAUGCUCUUCUGAGACCAAAAAAGAUGAAGACACUGUUUGAGGAGAUCAAAGCAUCAAUUAAAAAUAAUUAUGAUCCAGAUCGCUCAUUUUGGAGGCCGGUGCUCCCUUGGGGAGGGGUUUUUACUAUCAAAGCUGGACGGAAAGCUGUAUCUUGCACACCACUUUAUGUUGAAAUAAAUCUGAAAAAUACUUGCACUAUAGAUGGAUUCUUGAUGUUGUUGUAUGUCAUUCUGCAUGAAAAUGAACACUUCCCCAAGGAGCUCUCCCUUCAUUUAGGUAGAGAGUUUGUCGACUACUUUCUUUACUUAAUGGACUCCUAUAAUUUUACAACAGUGAAGCUGCUUUGGAUUUGGGACAAGAUGGAGAAGCGACAGUAUAAAUCUGAAGUUCACAAAGCUUCACUGGAAAUCGAUUUAUUUGGAAAUGAGCACGAUAACUUUACAAAGAAUCUAGAAAGUCUCAUGUCUACCAUUCAAGAGAGCUACUGUUCAAAUUCAAGUUGUCCAACUCGUAUGCAGGAAGAUCUGCAGAGAACAGUUAUCAUAAAUCCUCCCCAAGAAAUUCCUCAUGGAGACUUGAUUCAGCGGGCAGUAGAUGAAUUAUUCUGUUCCAAGAUAGAGCUGUGUGAACAGUAUGGAUGUGAUGGGUUAAGAGAGUUCACACAGAGAGUUUUCUGCCAUGGGGCACCGCCUUUUGUUGUUUUAAAUAUGCAGCAGUGGAAGCCAGAAGAACUGGCAUAUGUUCCAUAUCAUUUGGAUUUAUCUGAUCACAAGUACUUAUUGGAAGGUGCCACAUUGUUUAAUAAAGAGGAGCAUCAUUAUUCUGCAGCUUUCCAGAUUGAUGGGUAUUGGAUACACUAUGAUGGCCUCAGAAAUGUCAACUUAAUUUUGUUAAAUAAACCCCCAGAAUUUCUUCUUUUGUCAUCUCUAGUUUAUAUUAGAGCAGCAGAGAAUAAAUGACAUAUCUAGACUAUGGAUACAAAGUUAAAUCAUGUUCCUUUCUCUGCCACCAAUGCUGGCCCAUCCUAAAUGGAGGUCUAUAUUUUAUGUAUACUUGGUAUCCAAGAAAAGAGUAGAACUACAGUAGUUCUGGUAUUGUAUCAUCCAAUGCUUACUAUAGGUAAAAAUUUGAAAUUGGAAACACUAUGCAAUUUUUAAAAACAUUUAUUGAGCUAUUUUUAUACAGGCAAAUUUUUAUGCUACAAUAAAAAAGCAAAAACCAAGAA